UCUCCCUCGAAACAUUCCUUCUCUGUGUACAACCAUGGUUACGAAAGCAAAGGCCCAGAACGAGCCCAUGGCUAAACAAUCAACGGGGCCAAAGAAGCCAAAAGCUGCUCGCUCCUAUCCUUCGUUUCUCGAGAUGAUAACAGAUGCGAUUGUGACGUUGAAAGAAAGGACCGGAUCAAGCCAGUACGCGAUCACGAAAUUCGUCGAAGAGAAGCACAAGCAGUUACCUGCGAAUUUCAGAAAGCUUUUAUUGGUUCAUUUGAAGAAGCUUGUGGCGUCUGGUAAGCUUGUUAAGGUCAAGAACUCGUUCAAGCUUCCUUCGGCUCACUUGGUGGCUCUUGCCAAGCCGGUAAAGAAACCAGCAGCCACUGCGAAGGUCAAGGCCGUAGCGGCUAAGCCUAAGGUUAAGGUAUCGACCAAGCCAGAGUCGAAAGCUGCUGCGAAACCUAAGGCGGUUGAGGCGGUGAAGCAGAAGUCUGCUUUUGGAGCGACUAAGGUAACGAGAACUUCGCCAAGGAAGAAGGUGGCGCCGGCGCUCAAACCGAUGAAGGCUUCAUUUAAGAACGUGAAGAAGGCUAAGAGUGUUAAGUCUCCAGCGAAAGUUCGGGCAAAGAAGUCUUCAGAAGGGAUGAGUUGGGGAGUGGCAGUGUUGUAAAUUUUGUAACAGUUGUUCUGUACUUUUAUUUUUUAUAACUUUUUGCAUGUGUAUGUUUUUCUAGGUAUUUGCAACGUUUAGUUUUUUUUUUUGUUAGCAUUUUAUAUUUGUGUUAUCAAAGUCUGUAAUCAGCUUGUUGAGUUUUUGAAAAGGGUCGUUCUAAAUGCACAUUGUUUUUACUUUGCACACACAUUGUUAAAUGUGUUGAUUUGACACUCUAUUA